AAUGUCAUGCCCCGAUCGGUCUGCGCAGCGCCGCAUGAAGUCGAACUUACUUAAAGUUACAGUUUUCCUUCCCAUUGGUUCAUGAGAGUGCGUUUGGAGUAGACUCUGAACCUUGCAAUCGAGGAGUAAACUUUUGACAAGAGGCGCAGAUUUGUACAUCUGGACAAGUGCACUGGCUCAUUCACGGGAAUUAUGAAAAGUUUAAAACAGCGACUUAAGAAAAACGAGAGUACUGAAUGGGGAAAGUAUGAUGAACGGUUGAUGAGGGCGGUGGAGAAUGAAGAUACAGACAAACUUACAGCCACAAUCAAAAAAGGAGGAAGCCCCACCAGACUAGACUCAGAGGGUCAUUCAGCGUUUCAUGUUGCUGCUAGCAAAGGCCUCAUAAAUAGUCUGAAUGUUUUCCUGGAUAACGGUGUAAAUGUGAAGGCUGUGGAUGCCACUGGUAAAACAGCUUUGCAUCUGGCUGCAGGAGGUGGUCAUUCCCUGUGUGUGCAGAGGUUACUGCAGUUUAAAUGUCCUGUUGACAGUGCGGACCUGCAGAGACGUACACCUUUACAUGAUGCAGCUUCUGUAGGCUGCAAAGCCGUCAUCAAAAUUCUUUGUGACAGUGGAGCGUCUGUCAAUGCUGUUGACGCAGAUUGUGUGUCACCCUUAUUGUUAGCUGCCAGGAUGUGCCAACCAGGAUCGUGCCAGUUGUUAGUACAGUAUGGGGCACGCACUGUUCUACGAGACAAGCAAAACAAGACGGCACUUAUCCUGGCCUGUGAAAACUCUUGUAAAGAAGCCGUAGAGAUUCUCCUGAAGACUAAGGCAGAUGUAUCUGCAGUGGACAUCUAUGGUCACGAUGCUUACCACUAUGCCAAGCUAAGUCAGAAACAAGACUUGAUCAAACUGGUUAAACAAGCCUUGGAAUCAACCACUAAAGCAAAAGAUACUGUCACAGUUUCACAGAAGACCCAACAGUUGAAGGUACAUGGCAGCCAUGGUAGCUCCACAGAGGGAAAAGAUGCGAAACAGACUCAUAAUUUGGAUGCCACACAGGUCAGGCACUCACAGUCAGCUCCUGUCCCGGUAAGAUCUGUUCCCAUAUCUGUGGAGUUAUUACCCGGGGAGGUGGAGGCCCUUAGAAGAGAACUGAGAGAUUCACGGAGAAGACAGGAAGCAGCAGAGGCAGAGGUUCACAGGCUAGAUGCAGCGCUGGCAAUGCACAGCCAGGAAUAUGAAGGACUGAGGAGGAGCAGUGAGCAAGCCCUGCAUGCGGCUCACAGCAGGGCGUGGGAGCUGGAGGAGGCCCUGGGCGAGGUACAGAGGAGGAUGGCUGGCUCUGAGACCCGUGUAAGGCAGAUGCAAGCUCAUCUAGUAGCUGUCAGGGAACAUCUAGUGGAAGAACUGAGAUUCCAGCUCCAAGAGGUCAAAGGUCAGCGAGAGGCAACCGUAGCAGAACUGGGGAGGAUGCAGAAGGAUCUCAACCAGAGCCAGAGAGACGUGGAGCAGCAGAAGGAGAACCAGAGUUCUUUGUUGCAGGAACUUAGCCGGCUUUCCCAGGAACUGCUUAGCAGAGAGGAGCAGAUAAACACGCUGAAGACCAGUUUAGCAGCUAUGGAGACACAGCAUGUCGAGAUGUCGUGUAAAGACACCCAGACCCCACCAGAAUGGUGCCCCACGGAUGUGAAAACCACCAUGACUGAUCUCACCACCGAGACACGUGAACCAACCGUAGACUUGGAGAGCUACAUCAGCAAGGCUGAGCACACUGCCGUAAUAACCUCACUGAAACAAGCUGAAGCCAGAGCUCUGGAGAAGUACCAGUGUGCACAGGAAGAGAACCAGAGCUUGCUGAAAGAGCUUCAGGAGCAGAAGGCAGAGCUGGACACCAUCCAGGAGGCCCUGCAUGCCAGGUUUGUCCCUGUGGCCUUAUUGGAGGAAAAAGAGAAGGAGGUGGAUCAGCUCAAACUGACCAUUGAAGAGACGGAGAAGAAACAAAAGCAGGGCAGUGUGAACAUUGCACACGCAGAAGACGAGAAUGUUCAGAGAGAAGAACACAGGCGGGCAGGCACUGUCCAAGUACCACGUGAGGUACAACAUAACCAAAUAUCUUCUUCCAGUGACAGAACAGAGUGUGAAGUCACUAGAAUUGCAGAGGAAAAUGUGCAGACGUCUGAAAGAGAGAGCAAAGGCAACUCAAAUAAAGACAGAGGGAGCACAUCAUCAGUUCAAGUUGCUAAGAAUUCUGAAGUGUUGGUGGAACAUGAAGAACAGCAGGUCAACACUGCACCACCCAUUAGCUCCUGUGAACCCCUGCAGUCAGAAAGCAUUCUCCAGGCUCAUGUCUGCAGACUACAACAGCAGCUGGAGGACUCUGAAAAGCAUUACAGGUGUGUGCUUACCAUGUAUCGGGCACGUUUGCUCAGUGCAGCACAGGGUUACAUGGAUGAAGAUGCCAAAAUGACUCUGCUGCAGAUUGCCAAAAUGAGAGAGGAAUGUGUAUGUUAAGCAGCCACAUGGACAUACCUGAAUGUGUGCAUAUUUUAACUGAUGUAUAUAAUUUUGUGUCAUUUUUAGGUUUAUAUCGUAUGCAAAUUAACUUUAUAUGAUCUGCAAAUAAAGUAUAUUAAAAAUGAUUAAAUACUGUAUAUCUCCACUUGUUCACGCCUCCAUCUCCAUUAUUAAUGCAUCAGGUAGUCCCGCCCUUAACACAUGCCAUUGGUUGAUCCUGUGUUGUAAUGUCAGAAUUGGUGGUUGCACUAAAUUUUCUUUAUUAAUCAAGAUGAUUGCCUUGAGCAGACCACUUUAAUCUGCUUCCUGUGGUAUAACUAUCCUUUUAUACGGUGCUGGACUUGUACUUUAAAUUGAAGGAAUCUGACUGCCCUCUUGUGUUCUGUACUCAAAUAUUUUGUUUUUUGUUCUCGACUAUUCUAUGAAAGUUAAACAGUUAAUAGUAUUUUACAUUUUUCUUAUAAUUUCCAGUAGUUAAAAUGUUUAUUAUUGGUGAUAGACUAAAAUAACCACUGUGAAUAUUUAUGAGCUUAUUUAAUUUACAUUUGUAAUGUAAUGGAUAUUUAAAUGAAUAAUUGAAUGAUACAUAUUUCAUCUAUUUUGCCCCUUUGUCAUGUGUGUUGAGAUUUU